AUGGCGGCGCGCACUCGGUUGCCCUUGCAGUCAUUAAUUCAUAAAAAUGGACAUGUGUUUAGAAGCGACCGGAUCGUUCAUACAAAGACAGCGAUUCAGGAGCCUGUAUACCCUCCCAUUGUACCUUCGCUGACAGCUAAAAGUAAGUCUGCAAAAGGACGUCAGAUUACAGAACAUCUUGACAAAGUACGUGCCGCCGAUGUGCAGGAAAAACUGACAUUCCUCACACGAGUUCAGCGAAAGAAAUAUGUGUUGUGUCCGCAAACGUUUGCUCUUAAUGCUGAUAAAUGGUAUCAGCACUUCACAAAGACGGCAUAUCUACCUGGUUUACCUGAGAAGUUCAUCGUUAAAGAGACCAAGGAGGAAUCGGCACCUGCCACUCCGAAUGCAUCAUCCACCAUUGACGAAAAUGCAUUUGCUGACAUCCGUUCCCAUGUCUGCCAUUCAAUUUUACAAGAGAACUGGUACAUGAAGAAACGUCAACCGUUCUUGCAAAGGGAACAAGAACAUUAUGUGGCACCUUUUCUGAGAAACCUGGUAUCUGGACUCACACACACUAUGGCCAAACACAACUCUGUACUCCAGCUGUCAAGUUUAGGUAAACCAUUCAUUCUUUAAUUUAUUAAUAAUCACCGCUGAUGCCACCCUCAGUCCAAGACAUGAUGUGUAAGCAUUAAAAAGUCAUCAGUGGCACUAACUCAAUUAUAUGUAUGGGGAAGUUGUGAUUCUGUCAGUGUCUGCUAUGCAAAAGACUGGCUGUCUCCUCUUAUCACUUUCUGUUGUUUAGAUCUUGACCCUCAGGUAAACUUCUACUGGAUGAGGGGACAGAGGACCGUUCCAAGGGGACAUCGGGGUGGCCGCGUUGAGCCAAUCAGAUUCCAGAUUGAUGAUAAGCCACACAGUCAGAUAAGGAUACCUCAACAACUUCCACAGGUACUACAUACGCAGUCACUAGCAGAUUGUAAAGGGCUAAUGUGUCCAGUUGCAGGUGGUUCGUUUAAAUGAACCACCUGCAACUGGACAUGGACAUUUUAGAAGAUACAUGUUUGGCCGACUCGAGAACUAAGGUAGUAUCUGCAAGUUAAGGUUGGUGGAAAAUUCUGUGUUACACCAAACAGUACCUAUCCUGUAACAGCUAAUGGAGCAUCGCAUUAGCCCUUUACAAUCUGCUAGCUACACACACAGCAACACUGAUCCAAAACUCAGUGAUCAUCUGGCUAUUAUCAUACCUCAAACAUUGACAUGAAAUUGUGAAGCUGGGAUUUGGCCAAACAGUUUUUUUAGACUCUACAUUUGAGUGCAAGUAGUUUCCAAAUUUAAUCUCCACUGACCCUCUCUUCCAGUUUGUCCCCCUUGAGGCGGUGAUCUCUGCAGAAGUCCCAGAGAUAAAGUUUGCCCCAGACCUGCUUCCCAUGUUCAGGAGACAGUAUGAGAACAAAAUCUUCACAGGUAAUAAUGGAGUAGGCCAGGGUUCCCCAACUGGCGGCCUGGGGACCGAAUUUGGGCCGCAAGUGAUUUUAUUUGGCCCACCAACGUUUUGUAGCAAAUUUGAGUGCUUUUUAAACUUUUUUAUUGUUGGACAUAAAAGAUUGUAAAAACACCAGCAAAUCAACUCCAAGUGAUUUUAAUUUUGGAAAUCUAUUCCAAAGUAUUCCCAUGCAUAAUGGAUAGAUAUGUGAUCAUAUAGAAAUGUAAGCUAGGUUAGAAAUUGUUUUAGUCCAAUAUUAUAUCUGUUUGGGCUUCUUGCAUUCAAUUUGCAGUCUACAAAUUUAUUUUUAAAUAUGUUCUGGCCCCCUGACCAUCCACUCAAGAAAAAAUUGGCACCCGGAUGAAUCUAGUUGAUGAUCCCUGGAGUAGGCUCUGGAUGUAAAAUUAAUGUCACGAGGUCUUGGUUGUUAAUCUAGUAAUAUUGAUCAAAAUAUUUGUGCCUGCCUGGUUGCCGGUCUGUUUCUGCUUUAGCCAUUUACUAUGUCAUUGUCAUGUGGUGCAUCAACCAACCACACUUCAUCCACUAGUGGUGGUAGUAUCAAGUUAUUCCGUGUAGGUGUCUAUUUCAACAACAUUAUUUUCCCGUCUUUACUUUCCCAGGAGCCAAGCUUCCUGAUCCAGGCUGUUACGGCCACACCCAGUUCCACCUGGUCCCUGACAGGUACCGCAGGGACAAAAUGGCCAAACGGAAUCAGACUGACCAGAUCGAGGUCAACCUGAGAGCCAAUGGCAUUGCCAGUCUAUUUGCAUGGACAGGAGCACAGGCCAUGUAUCAAGGUGUGUAGUCAUUAACUGAGAAUCAUCAGUCGUUUUUUAAAAUUCAUUUUACCAUUCAGCUGUUUUGUCUCUGACUGCUCUUGAAUUAAUGUAUUCUUAAUAAUUGAUGCAUUUUAGUUGUGAAUAACACAAUUUGUUGUUAAAGCACAUUUGUAAUCUUGAACAAAACAUCACCAGGUUUCUGGAACCAUGAGGACGUGACCAGGCCUUUUGUAUCCCAGGCUGUGAUCACCGACGGCCAGUACUUCUCCUUCUUCUGUUACCAGCUCAACACCCUGGGCCUGUCCAUGGAGACGGACACUGGGAACCACAGGAAGAACGUGUGCUGGGGGACAGAUAGUAUGCGUCUGUAUGAGGAGGUGAAGGAUGGGGCUGUGGUGGGGCUGGACAACAGGGUCCUCAAGCUCCUGGUCCAGUUUCUACUGAAC